GUACAGUCAUCUCAUAGGGUUUGCUAUUUUGGCAGGGCUGGGAGGCUGCAGACACUCUGCAUUUCUCCAGGGAAGCGGGGUCAAUGAGGAUCGUAGGGAAUUGAUGGGUCUCUACCCCACAGGGUGUACCCUGCUCUGUGAUUGCUGGAAGCUGCCGAGGACCCAUUCUCACCACCGGAAAUGUUGAUCCUGAGCUGCUCCUCCAAGCUUCGGCUGCUGGAGGGGACACUAAGGAGGGGCCUGCCUGAGACACUGCUGGUCCACGGUGCUGUGAUGAACAUAAACCGUGGGAACCCGGCUGGACAGGAGGUGCUGGUGGAUUCGUGGCCUGAGUUCAAAGUCGUCCUCACUCGACCUCGCAGAGAGGUGGCAUCGGAUGACUCUGAUUUCUACACCAACACGUGUGCAGUGCACUACCGGGACCUGGGCGCUUGCCGCACCCUGCUGGGCAGCGCCAUCAACUGGGACCAGGCCUUCUGCAUCCAUGGAUUCCGUGACGGGCUCUAUGAGGCCUCCAGGGACAUUGCAGAGACCAAAGGGGCCAAGCUGGACGUGCUCCGCUACUUCACCUACCUCCACUCGGAUCCCAGCUCCUUGCCCGAGAUCCGGCUGGACCCGGCUCUGAGGCUCUCGCCCCUGGAUGUCUCCCAUGUCGACCUGCUGAAUGAGACGUGGCUCUUUGGGGGGAAUGAGAGGAGCAGGAAAUACCUGGCCAGCCUCAUCCGCCACUUCCCCAGUGCCUGCCUCCUGGAUGCCACCGGCCGCCCUGUCAGCUGGACAGCUUCAGAUGCAUUUGGUGCCAUGGGGCCCGCCUACACUCUGCCACAGCACCGGAGGUGUGGCUAUAGUAUGGUGCUGACUAACUUGAUGGCCAAGCAGCUCCAUGCUCUAGGCUUCCCCAGUUACGGCAACGUGCGGGUGGAGAACUUCGAACCACAGAAAAUGUUGGAGCGACAGGGCUUCCAGCGCCAGCCAAACUUGUGCUACUUCAUCCUCCACAACACAGCACUGAACACAGACCCGACGCUAACCCCCAGGCCAGCAGGCGAGUCACCAGCCUAGCGGCCCAGGGCAGCUCACAAGGGGAGGGCAGACAAGUCUGGGAAUCAUUGGUAGGACAAGUGGAACCACUAACAUCUCCCACCUCCAGCCACACAGGCCUUGCCCCUCCCCAGGUUUGCAGGAUCUGUCCAACUCUGAGCCCCAUAACCUUCCCUUCUUGGCAGACUCUGCUCUCCCACCCCAUACACAAAGCAUCUGCUCUGCUUCUUCUCCCCUGCUUUCCUUGAGGGAGCUUCUUGUGUGUAUUGCCUCCAUCUGCAAUGUGUCAUCCUCUCCGCAAACUGCCAGAGACCUCACCCCAAUCUCCCUCUCACCCCGUCCCUCUCCACCUUCCGUCACAUCUCUGCUCACGGCAGCCUGCUCUUCUCAGAUCUUCCCCCCCCCUCCUGGACGGGACAAAAACAGUAGCUGUAAACAGGGUGGCAGGAGCUGCUCCAUUGGCCUCCUUGAGCAGUGAGUUCUGGCCAUAAUGCUUCUAACAGGGGAUCCAAAUGGUUGUUCCUCAUGGCUACAAGCCAGCCCGAGAGUGCUCCCUUAUCACGGUUUCCCUCAAGGGACAGCCUGUCUCAGUAACUCAAGGGUUAAACUCCUUAAACCAAACUUACUGAUUAUCUGCAAACCAAACUUCACAAUCCCCAAGAACUCCUGGCCUGAGGUUACACCCCAAAGCAACCCAGAAUUGUUAGAUUCAGCACCACUGAGAUGAGGUGCCCAAAUUCCCUUAACCCCACCCAGUCAUUGGCUGAUAGCAGGAACCAUUUCAUGCUUUGUCAUCCCAGCUGCAAUUAAACCAA